AUGGAGACGAUGCUCUCCCACCACAAUACGCAGCCGCCUCAACACCCAACCUUUCCGCAAUUCCGCCAGCUGCCUCCCGAACUACGACUCCGGGUCUGGUCCCUCGUCGCCAUUCCCUCACGGGUUCUGCGUCUAGACGCACGGGACGGGAAGAAGACGAAGUCACAUAAGUCAGUAUCCCCACCGCCGCUGUUACGACCGCCCGCCAUCGCCGGAGCGUGUCGUGAGUCGCGGGCCGUGGCGACGAAGCAUGGUGCGCUAGCGAGACUCACGUACGAGGGGGGUGAGAUAAGCAAGGGGGGGAGGACGCGGUGUUAUUGGUUUGAUGGGGAUCGCGAUGUGCUGGAGUUGGAUAGCUGGGUUGACGUCGAGGGUGACCAACCGCGGGGCGUUGGAGAACUCGUACAGAGGGCGAGGUAUGUACUCGUUGGUCGCGCUGAGGCGGAGUGGUAUGCCCGCCUCUUCGAACGCGCGGCGCUGGUGAAGCGCGUGAGUUUGAAGUUUGAUGCGUUGGGUGUGCGGUGUAGUACGCAUGGCCGUGAUGCCGUGAGACGUAUGUUUGGCGGCGGCGGCGGUAGCGGCAGAGGCGAGGUUGAGACUACGAUCGUUGUCACGGAUCUGGAGGACGCGGAUGAGAUUGCGCGUGUGAAGAGCGUGCUGGGCUCCGGAUGGCGGAACCCGGUGUUUUUGGAGUUUGAUCUGGAGCUCUGGGCGAGGAGCGGGACGGAGAGGGUUGGUAGGGCUGUGAGGGACGAGAAGUGGAUGAGGAGGUUGAGUGGGACGUGGGCGAGUGAGGUUGCGAGGGGGUGGGUUAUGGCUUGGGCUAUUAUGGCAGGAGGAAGACGGAGUGAGAGUUACGAGUGA